AAUAUUCAAGUGUUGAGACGACGUUUUGCACUUCGCCGCCUCCUAGGCAUUCUCGGCCAUCGUAGAAUACACAUACCUGUCCAUCAGCUACAGCUCUCAAAGGGAAGACCGGUUUGAUCGACAGGAGAUUUUGUCCAACUCGUUUCACAUGGCAUCUGAUAGGUUGAUGAGUCCGUUGAAUUCGACACUCAAGGGUCGUUUCUUCGGCAUGUCGAAGUGUAAACAGUAAAUUCACCUGUCAAAGGAUUCCUAUCUAUCCAUUGUGGCUCUGACAAGCAAAACUCUGUGGCGUAGAGUGACGGAUGAUGAGAGCCUUCACACUAAAUCAACGUAUUCAUUUCUAAGAAAAUCUACGUUGAAGAUUGA